AUGGUCGUCGGUAGGGUUUUACGUUCUUCUGGAUGUGCUAGCUGUAGGUUACUUCUAUUGAGAGGCUUUACUUCAGUGGCCGGACCCUCCCUUCGAGUUCCAUAUAUCUCCACACGAUUACCAUUGCGUCUUGCAGCGAAACAAAGUCUUUUCUACUCGAGUCUGGAGAACCGGCAACAAGAUGAACUUGAAAACAACGAACAAGAACCGGUCGCGGAGGAGAUUGAGGAAAUAGAGGAAUUAGAGGAAUUAGAAGCUCAGGAAGAGCCAGGAGAGACUACAGAGGUCUCAGCGGUGCCAUGGUACCUCCAAGUCCAGUCGCCCCAGAGCGAGGUGAAACCAUUAUCAGAACGACAGCGUAUACCCGAGUUACCAGAAUCUCCUCCCCCUAUAUUACAGCCCUUACUUCAGAAAGUAUCAAUCGACUUUGGUAUGGAUGAUCUCACCCUCCUCGACCUCCGAAAACUCGAUCCUCCGCCAGCACUAGGAGCGAAUUUGUUCAUGAUCAUUGGCACUGCCCGCAGUGAGAGACAUCUGCACGUCUCUGCGGAUCGAUUAUGCAGAUGGUUAAGAAGCACGUACAAAUUGCGUCCCAGUGCGGAUGGGCUUUUGGGAAGGAAUGAGAUGAAAUUGAAAUUGAGACGGAAGGCAAAGAGGGCAAAGCUUAUGGGCACUACUGAUGGGACCGAAGAUGAUGGAAUACGGACAGGCUGGGUCUGUGUGGAUGUGGGCGUAGUUGAGGGCGCAGAGGGUGAAGCAGAUGACGUUCCUGAGCCACAGGACUUCGUUGGAUUUGGACGAAAAACAGAUGGUGUCAGGGUAGUUGUACAAAUGCUCACAGAGGAGAAGCGGCAAGAAAUUGAGUUGGAGAGGCUUUGGGGAGGCAUUCUCAACAGGUCCACCCAGGCACAAUUGGAAGGUGAUGAGGAUUCUGCCGUUGAAUCGACAACCAGUCAACAAAGUCUUCUAGAGCCCACAGGAUCAGCACCGACCUCCGACAAUAGAGCGUCUCUCAGCGGCGCAAGAGGAUUUCACACUUUUGCGAGGCCGUUACCGACAUCAGUUGCGAAAUACAGGCGAGACUUCACGACUACUGCUUUUCGACCAUCAGAGCAAGAGGCUCUCCAAGAAGUGGAUCCAACAAUGCUCCGCGAGUUCAUAAUUCAUUUCAUUUCUGAAGGACAGUUUGAAAAAGCAUUGGCUGCUAUACAGAAUAGCUCCAACAUCCCAGAGCUCCAGAAUGGCCAGUGGAGGCCGUUCAUGUUGGAGCAACUUCUUUCAAAAAUUCAAAGUGUUCAGAAAGAACAGGCUUUCGAGUACCUUGGUACUGGAUCCUCUGACUAUUCAUCGACGCCUUUCUUGACCUGCUUCUAUCAAUCAUUAUCUGGAUAUCCAACUCCAUCAGAAGUACAAGCUAGGGUUUGGCUCCACUGUUUUGCCCGAGCUCUAGGGCAUCCAGGGUAUUCGAGAUCUGGACUUCUCGAACUCUUUGAUGAAUUCAAAAUCUGUGGGGCUAAAAUCUCCGAGAAAACGUACAUGCAUCUUAUCCGCGGUGUGCUCCAAGCAACUGCAGCCGAUCAUCAAUACCACGGACCUCCCCAAAAAGCUAUCGAAGGGGUCAUGGAUAUGCUCAACACUAUGCAUAGUCAAGGUUUCACGAUUCUCGACGAAGCCAUUCUAUUAGAGUUACAAACUCUUGUCUCUCCAGGGCUAAAUCUCGACGUACCUUCACAGCAAAUAUAUUCCGACCCCAUAGAAACCUUUGACCUCCCCAGCUACCCAAUGUCCCCCAUCCAAUAUCGCCUUCACAAGCUUAUGAUGGCAAUCGACAGACCCUGUUAUAAAAACGAAUCACAGGUAAGACUGAUGGAUAUAUAUUCGCGACAACGAAACUGGCGUGAGUUCUGGGAAGUAUGGAGCAUGGCCCCUCGACAAAGGAAGGCUCGGACCUCAGUCAUGUACGCUUUUAUGUUCUCGAGAGUCGCUCAGGCCAAGAACAAGAAAGCUUGUAUGAACGUCCUUCGGACUUGGACAGCGGAGAUGCAGAAUGAAAAGCCACCUGUCCAACUUGGAGGUGUCGUAGCAGAGGCUGUUCGUGCAUGUUUGAUGGUUGUAGAUCCGAUGGUUGCAGAGAGAGCUGCUGAGAAUCCAGAUGCUCCUGGGGUUGUGAUUCCGCUGUGGGUGAAGGCUGGAGGGCUUUCUGAGACGGAAGGUUAA